AUGGCCAAGACUCUUUCUCUCUUCGUCUCCGCGCUCGCCCUCUCCCUCGCGUUGACUGCAUCUCCCGCGUCAGCAGCACCAAAGCCGCCGUUGCAAGACGGCGCGACGUGCUUCUGGAGCAAGCAGUACAUGCCGGCACAGCCCAGCUGCAAGCAACCCUUCCAGUGCGUGGUGAAGCAGGUGCUCCCCGCGUCGCACGAUAAGCUCUUCCAAGGCGUGUGCGUCGACUCCUAUAACUCUAACGACUACUGCAUCUACCAAUCCGUGUCGUACGCCGUGGGCACCACCAGCAUCACCGCCAACUACGCCUGCCCCAACUGCACCUGCUCGCGCCUCCCCGGCGCUGCCGGCGCGUCGUGCGAGUGCGAGCCGGGGCCGCGGUGCAGAGUGGACACUGCGGGGAAGCCGGUGGGCUCCGCGUGCUCCGGGCGCCAGAGCCUGUGCGUGGUCAACCAAGUCAAGAAGGUCAAUCUGGGCACCUGCACGCACCCCGCAAUGUCCGCGGGGCAGUGUGUCUCGGCGGGGCCCGGGUGGGGCCCUAUUUUCUACAGCAGCGGAGUGGCAUCUGGCGCGAUCAAGGCGGGCGACAUAUGCCAGCGCUGCGCGUGCAAUAAGGGGCAGUUCUCCAACUGCCGCCGCAUCAAGGGGUGCAAGAUGUGCGUGCCGGAGGAGGGAGCAGGCGCCGUGGCAGCACAGUGUGCUGCAUGCUGCAAGGGGGCACAGGGCGACGCUAAUGUCAAGGCGUGCCUGGCAGCAUGCGGGAGGGUCACGCUUUGA